AUGUCGAAAAUAACCCCUGGGCGCAUCCCACUCCCUAUAGUAAACAACCCAGAGAAGAUACAGCUCAACCGCCUCAGUCAUGUUUACCACUUGCACCCUGACCUCGACAAAUUCGAAGCUUUCGCAAAGGAUUUCGGAUUCGUCGAGGCUUCGCGCGACAGAGAUACUGUCUACUACCGUGGCUACGGCAGAGAUAUGUGCGCGUACGUCGCGAACAAAAGCCACGAUGGAGAACGGCACUUUAACGGUGCUGCGUUCAUCGCGGAGACGAAGGAGGACUUUAUCAAGGCGUCGAAAUUAGACGGGGCAACUCCUAUCGCCCCUUACACCGGCCCUGGCGGUGGAGAGAUCGUCACGAUCCAGUCGCCAUCAGAGACGAAGAUUCAUGUGCUUUGGGGAGUGGAGGAGCGUCCGGCGCCGAAGCAGGCGGCGACCGCGACGGAGGUGCACAAAGGCGCUUAUAAUACCGCGCUGCAGAAGUUCAGAAAGGGCGAAUUCCAACGCUUCAAACUUGGUCCCGCCAUGAUCCAUAAACUCGGGCAUGUCGGCUAUAUAACUUCCAUGUUCGACGAAGAUGUCGCAUUCUACACUCAAAAUUUCAACUUUGUUCCCUCGGACGUUCUCUGGGAGGAGAUCAACGGCCAGGAAAUCGACGCCUUGACGUUCAUGCACCUGGACCGUGGCAAGGAGUACACGGACCACCACACUCUCUUCCUCUCCCGCGCGCCACCGGAAUUCCAAGGCAAGCAUAGGAUGCACCACUGCUCGUUUGAAGUGGAAGACUUUGAUACGCAGUUGCUAGGCCAUGAGUACCUGUUGAGCAAGAAGUGGACGCCGAUUUGGGGUGUUGGGCGACACAUUUUGGGUUCUCAGAUUUUUGAUUAUUGGAAGGAUCCGAGUGGUUUUGCGAUUGAGCAUUAUGCUGACGGUGAUCUUGUGAAUGUGGAUAACAAGACGGGGCGGGAGAAGAGUGAAGGGGCUGCAUCGAUGUACAUUUGGGGACCUGUAAGACCAGAGGCCGGCGUUGCGUAA